CUCUUGUUCAGCACUCAAAGGCUGAAGCUGCACGCUAUCACUGAGAGGGUCGAAGACAAAUUAAUUCUGCUGAUUAUCACCGUUAACAUCAUCACCACCAUGAAGAUGCUGGCUGUGUCUGCACUUCUUUGUGCAAUGCUGGCUCUGACCAGAGCUUUCCCUGCGUACGGCUGGUGGGAACCAUCUUGUCCUGAUGGUUGGACUAAUGUUGGAUAUCGUUGUCUCCUCUACAUUCCAGAAAAGAUGACCUGGGCUGAAGCUGAGGAAAACUGCCGGUUGGACGGUGGAAGCCUUGCAGCUGUAUUUGAACAUGAACAAUUUGCUGAGAUGCGAGAACUGAUGCAGAAGGCUGGUCACAAGUCAGGACAAGUGUGGGUUGGAGGCCAUAAAGCACCAGAGGAUUCUUCUUGGUCUUGGAGUGAUCAUAUGUCUCCCGUCAUGUUUCCCAACAAGUGUCCUGGAGAACCUACUAAGGAAAACUGUCUGAAAAUAGUCAUUAAAGAUGAUGCAACUGGAUGUUGGAAAGACAUGCGGUGUGAUGCUGAGCUCCCAUCUGUCUGCAGCAUGUUCAUCAUGUGAUUCCUGAGCUGCAGAGAGCCACAAUCCAUCUGUAAAAAGCACAAGCAUCAGCCCAUGUGUCAUUGUGCCACCAGUCUCAUAUAUAACUUGUGGGAUCUCUAUCUUAUGUUGCUGUAAUGAUACUUAACCAAUGAAGAGAUGAAUGACAUAAACAGGGGCUGGAUUGUCUCUUAGGUCUUCACGCUUUUACACAUCUGUAUUCUGCAGAGUGAACUGUUCUUUCCUGGCAAAUUAAAAAAGCGUAAGCUGUGAAAAUCUG